AUUCAAUUGAAGGAAGUUUAUCGCGGUAUGAUGAUCACAGCGGCUCAUUUGCAUUUGAUGAUUCGCGACGCCUACGAUUCUGCCCGAUUUUGUCCUUCCGAGAACCAUGCCCAACACCAAAACAUUCGACAAUUAACGGGGAAAGUGGAGACUUCGAUGUGCCUGAUUUUGCAUUCUGCUAUUGGAGCCGAGGAAUACGAUAAUUCAAAUUUCUUUCGGGUGGCAGAACAAGUUCUUAAAUCCAAUGUACACCGCUACUACGACUGCUCGGCCAGAGAGAUUCGAGGUUGCCUUGUAGUCCGCUUUGCUGAUCGAAUCUUUGCUGGCAUUCAACGAGCGCUCUUCUACACCGAAGCACCGCAAACGUCAACCGUUCCUUACGUAUCUGAACAGAGUUCCUAAGAGGAACUAUAUAGAUUGCACCAAACAGAAAAUUACUCCUUUGAUUAUUUGCAUUC